AACACUGGAGGCCCCUGGAGGAGAAGCAAAGGAAAAACGAGUGAAUUGAGCACAAUCAUAGGUCUGGGCUGUCUUGAAAGGACUUACAUCAACUAAUUCAUGCUAUUUACCAAAUCUGACGGGGAUAUUUAUAGGCGAUCGCACUACACCCAUUCAGGCUGAUCGAGUCCGUCAAGGCACAGUCUCUAUCUAAAUGCUGAAGAAUAAAGCGAGCUAAGACUUUGCGAUGAGCUGCGGAAUGGACGGAUACUACGACCAGCAAGUGCCUUACAUGGUGACUCCUAAACCGCAUGGAGGGAAAUGUAGUGAAAGGACAAGUGAAAGGAAAAGGAAACUCGUUGACACAGAUUUAGCUCAAGAUUCAGAAGAACUGUUUCAGGAUUUGAGUCAGCUGCAGGAAACGUGGCUCGCAGAAGCUCAGGUCCCUGACAAUGAUGAACAGUUUGUGCCAGAUUUCCAGUCUGAAAAUUUGGCUUUUCACGGCCUUUCUCUAAAAAUCAAGAAGGAACCACAGAGUCCCUGUUCUGAGCUGAGCACUGCCUGCAGCCAUGAGCAACCUUUCAAGUUCAGCUUUGGGGAAAAGUGCCUGUAUAAUGUCAGUGCCUAUGACCAGAAGCCACCUGCUGGAUUGAAGCCCUCCAACCCGCCAACCCCGUCCAGUACACCAGUGUCCCCCUUACACCAUGGGUCACCAAACCCUGCAGCAACCCCGAAACCGGACAGAAGUUUUGCAGCUCAUCUGCCUGCCACACAGCCCAUUCCAGAGAACGCCUACCCAAUGGAUCCUAGGUUCCGGCGCCAGCUCUCCGAGCCAUGCCAUUCCUUCCCAGCUCCUCAUGGACUGCCCAGGGAAGGUCGUCCGAUGUACCAGAGGCAGUUGUCUGAGCCCAACAUCCCAUUCCCCCCUCAGGGCUUCAAACAGGAAUACCACGAUCCAGUCUACGAACAUGCCACUAUGAUAGGUGGUCCAACAAACCAGAGUUUUCCGCAGCCCAUGAUGAUUAAGCAAGAGCCACGGGAUUAUGCAUAUGAUUCAGGUUGCAUGUAUGAAAAAGGUCCCAGGCAUUUUUAUGAUGACACCUGUGUCGUUCCUGAAAAAUUUGACAGUGACAUCAAGCAGGAGCCAGGCGUAUAUCGUGAAGGGCCCACUUAUCAGCGUAGAGGCUCCCUCCAGCUUUGGCAGUUCCUAGUGGCUCUGCUCGAUGAUCCAGCAAACUCGCACUUUAUUGCAUGGACGGGACGUGGCAUGGAGUUCAAACUCAUCGAGCCAGAGGAGGUGGCGCGGCGUUGGGGAAUCCAGAAGAACCGUCCUGCUAUGAACUAUGACAAGCUGAGCCGUUCACUGCGCUACUACUAUGAGAAAGGCAUCAUGCAAAAAGUUGCUGGAGAAAGAUAUGUGUACAAAUUUGUCUGUGACCCUGAAGCGCUUUUCUCAAUGGCUUUCCCGGACAACCAGAGGCCUGUGUUGAAAACUGACAUGGAGCGCCACAUCAAUGAAGAGGACACUGUCCCACUUUCCCAUUUUGAUGAGAACAUGGCAUACAUACAAGAUAGUGGCUGUUGCAAUCCCCAUUCAUACAAUGAAGCCUAUGUGUACUGAUGCAACCUUGUUGGGGCAGUCACUUCAUGUUUUUUUCUCUCGGUUGUUUUCCUCUGUAGACUGUGACCCACUCUGGAUUUACUUCAUCUCUUCAGCACCUCUGACAUUAAGCAAUGGGUCCACAGUUUAUGUCGCAUUAACCCCAUGGUCCACUACCUGGGACAGUGCACUUUAUGAAAAGACUCAUUAGAGCUCUACUUGGUUUUUUUUUCAGGGUGGGAUGGGGAGGGCAGUGUUUUUUUUUUGCCUAAAUGGUUUUUUUUUGUGGAAAAGGGGGGAAUGGGAGGAUUGGAAAUUGCAGACAUUUAGGUGGUUUGAUUGACACUAUCUUAUGAAUAUUGGUUUCAUAUAAGAUAAAAAACUUACCAAGUCAAACUUACAAGAAAUCUGCUGAUAUCAGUAAUAAAAGAAACUGCAUAUCUAAUGUUGCUGUGUUAACACAGCCGGCACUCUUUAAAAUCUAUAUCUAAGUAGAUACGUAGUGCUUUUUGUCCGGGUACACAUUAAUAUACAGUCAAACAUUUUACUGCUGUGUCAUAUUUGUUAAAAUAUAUGAAUACUAGAAUAUGCCGAAGCUUCUGCUGCAGUCUCCUUUUCUGUAAAUUCUUUUAAACGCAGGGUCUAUUAAAGCAAUUUGAAGCAUUGCUGUACAGGUAGCAUUUCAGGACAAAUAGUCAAUUUAAAACAUUUACUGCUUACGAUGUAGUUUAUGCUGUAGUUAUACCAUGAGCAACUGUAUGCGUUAGAAAUUGGUAAAAGAUUACCCACUUGCUAGAGGAAUUUUUUUAAGCUUAAAGAUUUCUAGAUCACUGGAAACGUUUCCUAACGUGGCCUGUCAGUGGCAACAUUUCAUUUGCACUCACCAGUUUUCAAAUCCAGGCAUUGAAGGACAUAUGCUGAUGCCAAUAUAAUUACUGAACUAUGUGUUUUAUAGUUCUUUAAGAAUUUUUAAAGUGGGUUACCAGAUGCAUGAGCUUUGGAAUUACACUGAGCAGUAUUAGUAUUUGGAUAUUCAUACCUGUUGCUCCAAAAAUGGCACCAGCUCAUUGAUAUUAAACUGUUUAAAACCUGCAUAAUGGAUUUGGAUGAAAACAAAUUAAACUUUCCUACUCUGAUAUCGUUCAGAAUUAUUUCAAUGCUUUUGUUAGUAACCCUGUUAAGCACAAUUCUUCAUCAAAAAUGGAUGACCUUUCAUCGGAUCAAGAUUAAAACACAUGGAUGUGACUGGAUAUUUAGUUGUUUAAAAUAUUUCCCUUAAACAAUUCGAGUGCCGUGCCUAUUUUAUUGGUGCUGUGAUUAGAUGGCAGAACCCAUGUAUGUGAGGUGAAAUCAGGUACUCCAUAUAUGACAAAACUUGCACUCUGGGCCAUUUCUGCCAGAAUAACAUGAAAGCAAAGCUCCAACUAACUUUCUGUUUGAAACAUUAAAUCCGUAAUAAGUUUGUCUGCUUUCUUUAAGCUUACGUGUUUUCUUCAAUCAGUAAUGUACAUCCAUGCUGAUUAUGAUUGCAAGAGGAAAUGCGCACAAGAGUGCAGUCGGUUACUCUGCAUUAUGUAAAAAAUAACAUUGAGCAUGAACAUCAUUUAGAAUUUUGUUGCAUUUCAUUUUCAUGUCAAAAAUUAUUAAUUGAUACCAACAGAAGCUAAAGCUAGGAAAUGUGUGUUCCUUUUAUUUCUCUCCUUAUCAAUAUUGUAAAUUGAAAAUGCACUCGGGGUUACUUUUUUAAAACCUUUUACAAAAUUGCUUAAAGUCUCCAUUCAUUCAAGUUACUCAAUCCAGGACUUAAACAUUAUCAAGUCCUCUUUGUAUGUGAGGAUUAUUCUGGGGUAAGCAAUCACGAAACACGGAGGAAACGUGAAAACUUCACCAUAGUGACAAAAUAAGUUCACAUGGAGAUAAUAAAAAUGUAAAGGAUGGAUUAUGAAUAAUGCGAUUUUAAUGCUUCAAUUUUGUUUUAUUUGGUACACCAGUAGAAAAUGAUUUUUCUGUAUUUUGUUAAUGUUUUUUAAUCUUCACUUCCAUAUCAAUCCCCAGGACACAAAGCACAUGGAGAGCAUGUGCACUAGGACUUAAUAGUUCAGUUCUGCUUGGCCAUGAAACCCCAAAACCCUUAUCAAUUUCCAAUUUUGUGCACCAACUACUUGAUAUGUACUUUAAUUAUGCAUUGGAAGGUCCUCAACAUUAGGAAGAUAGAAAAGAUGGGAUAAGUGAGGGUGCACACUUUCUAGCAAAAUACAAAGUGCUGGGGGAGCACAGCAGGUCAGACAGCAUCUGGGGAAUGAAUAGACAAGUUGAUUUCCAAUCCCAAUUAUUGCCUUCAUAUUCCCUCCCCAGAUGUUGCUUGACCAGUUGAGUUCCUCUAGCAGUUAGCGUUUUGUUCAAGUUUCAAACAUCUGCAGUUUCUUCUGUCUGGAAACUUUUUUUGCUACCCAUUUUGGAAGGCAGUCUGUAAUACUGACCUUGAACAGAUCCAAACCUCUCUCCAACACACACCUUGACAGCAAAUCUGCUUGAAUAUUAUCACUUAUUUUACUGAGUGCAAUUGAACUACACUGCUUGGGAAGGGGUAUUCAAACUAGCCCUUUGAAAUAAUCAAAUUAAUUCCACUCAUCCAUCUUUACGCAUGGCCCUGCUAUUUUUUUCCUUAUCUGUUAAAUAUCCAGAUCCCUUUUGAAAAUUACUUUCGGAAUUUAGUCAGAAGUUGUGUCUGUGCACAUCAAUCUUACAUUAAGUAGUACCAUGCAGUGCUAACAGUAGAUCCAAAUAUCUAAAGAGAAACACAUUUCCUUCUAGUUAUCGACCUCCUCCCUGCCAGGGAAACUCCAUAAUCAAAAAUAGAUCAAAUUGUAAUCUCAUUGAAGCAUUGAGCAGUUAUAAAUGAUUGCAAGCACCAACAAAUGCACCACAGAGUGAAAUGGCACCAAUUAGAUGUUGUAAUUGACAGAGCACUUUGCAACCACUCUUGUAUAAAAGGGGGGAUAGUCAACCUUAUUCUAAGUUUCCACAUUGUAAGUUCAGGAUAUUGAUAAAAUGCAAAUCUGUUGUCUUGCUCUUUCCAAUUAAUUUGUUGAAUUGUACUGGUCAUGCUGAUCAAGUGCAACCAUGCCUGGUUCACAGGGAACAAGUACUGAGAGAGUUCAGAAUUGGACAAUAUAAGGCUAAUUGUCCAUUUGUUUUUUUAAUUAACAUUUACAAGUGGCCCGAUUUGAUCAUACUCUGCUGGGUUUUAGUUGUUAGUUUUCAGUGCAUGCAAACAAGCUUUUUGAUUGGGAAGUGCAUGGACAUUGAAGGCAAGGACAAGCCAAUUAUGAAUGACCAAUCAAAACGCUUGUCGGCAUACAAAAUUAGUGUAAUCCAGUCACUUCUAACAAAAAGAUUCCAAGAAACAAUGCACGAAGGUUCUUGGAUCUUAUCAAGGUAGUCAACAUGUUACAUCUUUAAUUUACAUUUUUAAAUGACCUGUUAAAAUAAUUCAUUUAACACCCUAAUAAAAGAAUUUCUAGCUGCCACAUGUGGAGAUUCAGUUCAUGAUCUCAUUACUAAAUUGAUCUUUCAUUUCCUAAAAAACAAAAGCAACUAAUCCAGUGUCUAAACUGCCCUGUCGAAAGUUAUGAGAAACAUGGGCCCCUGGAAGGUUCACCCACUCCUUCAUUCACAUGCUUUUGUCCUUAAGAUGUCCAGUUCACUUCUAAUAUUUCAAUGUUGUGAGAAAUAUUGUAAAGUACAAUUCCUCCCAAACUUUUCGAACUAAGUGUAAAUUCCUGCAACCAAUAAUGCAAAUUCCACAAGCAGCCUAACAGCAAAAGUUUAAUACGUUUUUUUUGGUCAAGAAGCAUAUUUAUUAUUGUAAUAUUUUAGACAUUAACACAGAAGUAACUUUUAAUAUGUUAGAGUAUUGGAUCUUGAACCUUACCCCUAGGUUUCACAACAUCCCUGUGUCUCUAGGUUUGUGCCAGGUGAACCAGGUGUUGUGUUGAGAAGCCCUGGAGGCAAAAUGCAAACACUGCAUCUGCCUAACGAUGGUCAUCUGGAAAUCUAAUUAGCAAAAAAAAAGACAAUGUUGAGGGACAUCUGUAAAUGAUGGACAGUAUUUUUUCUGCUGUUUCUGAAAAAUUUUCUAAAUUUUUGUAAUUUUGUAUUUAUCAUGUAUGUUUGGUUUUAUAUGACCACAAAGUAGCAUUCGAAUUAAUGUAAACCACAAUGUUUGAUUUUUCCUCAUCUAAGGCUUUGAGUAGUUCGAAGGUUCAUGGACUUCCUGUAUUGCUUUUCUUUUUGGGUUUUUUUCUCUCGCUUUUUGAAGAAAGAUAUGUAAUGGCUUAAUAAACUCUGUUCAAUUCCUAA